UACGUGAACGCACCAUGACACAUAGCCGGCUAACUUGGAUAAUCUGAUUUAUCGUCUCGGUUAAGCGCACGUAACGUUGGCCAGGAUUACCAUAUUUAGUUUUCCAUCUCUAGCUUUCAGUAUCCAUCUGACAUCAAAAGGCCACCCAUUUCAAGAAUGGCAUCGCUUGGGGAACCUGUGCGGUUGGAAAGAGAUAUUAACCGUGCUGUUGAACUGCUUGAUAAACUCCAGAGGACAGGGGAAGUGCCUCCCCAGAAGCUGCAGGCGCUGCAGAGGGUCUUACAGAGUGAAUUCUGUAACGCUGUCAGAGAAGUUUAUGAACAUGUAUAUGAAACAGUGGACAUCAACAGCAGUCCUGAGGUCAGGGCCAACGCCACAGCCAAGGCUACUGUGGCAGCUUUUGCCGCAAGUGAGGGACACUCGCAUCCACGUGUCGUGGAACUGCCCAAGACAGAAGAAGGCCUGGGUUUCAACAUAAUGGGUGGAAAGGAGCAAAACUCGCCUAUAUACAUCUCAAGGAUCAUCCCAGGAGGCAUCGCUGACCGACAUGGAGGACUGAAGAGAGGCGACCAGCUUCUCUCUGUUAAUGGGGUGAGUGUGGAAGGUGAGCACCACGAGAAAGCUGUGGAACUCCUCAAAGCAGCUCAGGGCACAGUGAAGCUGGUUGUAAGGUACACCCCCAAAGUCCUAGAGGAAAUGGAGUCACGCUUUGAGAAAAUGAGGUCGGCGAAGCGCCGGCAACAGAACAACUACCCCCAGUAGGAUUUUUUUUUUUUUUAGUUCUGGUGCUCUGCUCCCAUGUCUCCUCCUAUAGCCUUCGGGCUAUUUGUUCUGGUCUCUUUCUUAUUUCCCUGCCCCAAAAAGCUUAACAAACACAAAAGUUUAGUUUUAGUUCCUAUUCACACAUACUGUUUAUUGUGCUUCUACCCUUUUCUGUAUCAUCUUUAAUAUUCACCAUUGUUACACUGGACACUACAACUCUAGACAAACACUAUAAUGAUCAUGAUUGUCAGUGUAGGUGGUCGCUCACACGUGUGCAUUAUUUUUGAAUUGACAAUUUGAAUGCAACUCUGAAUGCUUUUGAGACCAACUACACAAUUCCUUUGACUGGAAAUGUAGUGUUUUUAAUUAUUUUAUCACAGCAGCCAAGUGCCUCAGGGCAAACACGUUUAUCUUAUGUACUGUUUUCACCAUUUAUAUUUUCCUUUUUUAAUUGUUUAAAAGUCAAGUACUGGUAAUGAAAUGCUUGUUGCAGGAAUUGCUGCUUUGCAUCUGUUAUUCUCAAAUUGGAUGUAAAUACACGGUAGACUUAUGUAAAACCCUUUAAUUGUGCAAACUUAAAGGUGCAGUUUUAUUUUGGCUGCCACUCUACAGGCAUGUCUGGAGAAGGGAAGCUUUAGAGGAGUUGAUGACAGUUUUAAUUAGUUAAAAAGAGAUGGUUAUAUGUUGAAUAAUAAGGGAGGCUUACCUUUUCUUUUUUUUAAGUUUUCUAACGUCAUACCACACUAUAAAAAGCUCAGCAGGUACUGUAAGUGAUGUAAUGGGGUCUCAGCAACUUUUGAACUAAAUUCCUGCCUCCACAGAGACUCACAUUUCUACUUUUAUCAAAGUAAUAAACCUUCAUGAGCAAAGACCUUGCUGACAGCAUGACAUGAAAACCUUUUCAGGUUCUGAUUAAUUUGUCUUGACAUAAAUCAGGAAUGUACUAUAUGUCAUGUUUUUCCUUUUUGCCAGGUGAAGUACUUAAUGACAAGUCACUUACAAUUUGUCUUUGAUCUUUGCUUAAAAUGUUUGAAACAUUCAGUAAAAAUUCGAAAUAAGGAAAAACAAGACUUUGGUAUUAAACAAUCUCUUGAGGUCACUAUAAUGCCUAAUGUGAGAUGUUGUCAUUGUGAUUUGAUGAAUUAAUUAGCCAAUGUUGCCAAUGGCGACUUCAUAUUCUGACUUUACAAAGCAAUUAGGGGAUUGUGUUUUUUUUUUAUAUACAGUUUUUCACAUUUUGUUAAACAAUGUCUUGCAAACCAAAAGUUUGUCCUAAAUGAAACAUUUACUUCAUUUGAACUUUUUUAUCUUGGUAGUCCAUUCAUCUUAAAAGGCUUUGCAUUAAAGACAAAAAAAUGACACUGGUGCUGUGAUAAAAUGUAUAGAAAAAUGUCUUGAAAUUUAAAUAACCAUUUACUUUUAGGAUGCUUGCACUCCAUUCAAAGACGAGUACUCCCAACGUGUUAGUGGCACCGAUGUACUCUGUAAUGUAUGUAAUAUACAAACUGCACAAUAUGUUAAAAUAAGAAUGAUAAUGACAAACAUUUUUGUUACUGAAUACUGCCAAACAGUCAUCUGUUUUGAUAUGUGGUUUUUCAGCAGGUUAAUGUCAAAACAGUGUCGAUAAACCCCAGUAAACUUAUGUAGGAUUUCCUCCCACAUUUACAACCCUUAAAACAAGGCUUUUAUAGUUUUCAAGUGUUUGCAGAAUGCAUGUUUAGCUAUCGUAUGGAUAUUCCUUCUCGUGGAAUAUUAAUGCUUUAUUCCUGAUUGAGAAGGCCAAACCCUACCCUUAUGUCUACAUGCAACAUGUCAAUCAAACAAAUCUGUAAAUCAUGGUUUUCUUUAAAAUAUUUAAAUAUUCAAACUAAAAAAGUAUGAGUAUUUGAGAGUAUGUUCUUGCUUUCCCAGCAAGGGGAUAUUAAGUGAAUUUCAAUAUAAAUGACCCUGUUUAAUGCCCCAGUCUCAGUGUGUGGGACAACAAAAUAUCCCCAGCACAAAUUUAAUUUCAGAGAUUUAUUCACAAAAGUGUUUUGUUUCAAUGGUAGAUGCAGUAACAUGUAUAUAGCAUAAUGUGAACUAGGCUUUGGCUGACUAAGCCAUACUUUUGUCCAGUUUUAGGAUGAAGACAUCGCACCAUUAAGGCAGGAAGGUAGAAACAAUGAAGGUAGAUGUGAUUAAUCUAACUGUAGAGGUAAAUAGAUGGUGGAUAAGGUAACAGAAACACAUGGCAGUGUAUGAAAGCAGGAAACCUUUGCCUUCAGUGCAGCUUCAGUCUCCUCAACUGUUUGUCCUCUGAUGUUGAACCGUUCUUCAGAAACAAAUUCCUUUUUUAAUGCAGUGUAGUGUUAAAUGGAUAUCCAGUUGAGUCAUGACUAGUCUAUAUCCUUGGCGUUCCACUUCCGGGAUUGCUCCGGUGCCGCGGGAAAUUCCACCAGAUGCAUGUAUUUUCCGUUUCCUUUCGCUUUCUUU